GGCUUUAGUGUUCGCCUGUCAACAGCUACUGAGACUGACGCAAGCUAGCAGAGGCAGGAGGACUGGCACGGAGGAGAACAAGCCUCUCAGCAGACAAUUGGAACAGGAAGCAAGGAAGGAAAGGGUCUUUCACCCGGAGGAAGACUGGCAAACUCACUGGGAUUGUGACACGACAGCCACACAGUAGCUCCAGAGACCAACCAUUGUCCACCGAAGAUCCGAAGAUGAACAACACCCUGUCCAACACCUCCAUCAAGUGUGUUCGGGAUACCAGCAUAACAGCUGUGGUUUUCCCCUGUCUAUACAGCAUCCUCUUUAUAGCUGCCCUGAUACUGAAUUGCAUGGCUGCAUGGAUCUUCUUCAGCAUCCGCAGUACCUCAACAUUUGUGGUCUUUCUAAAAAAUGUGGUGGUGGCUGACUUGCUGAUGACCUUGACCAUCCCUCUGAAAGUCUUAAGUGAUGCAGGUGUGGGUUCCUGGCGUCUACGCGCCAUCUACUGCCGAUACUCCGCAGUUCUCUUCUAUAUCACCAUGUACAUCAGCAUCCUCUUGCUGGGCCUGAUCAGCCUGGACCGCUACCUGAAAAUAGUCAGGACCUUUGGGAAGUGUGCCCUGCAGCGGGUCCGUGUUGGUCAGGUGCUGAGUGCAACUAUCUGGGCAGUAAUGUUAUCUUUAGCAUUACCCAACGUUAUUCUAAGUGACCAGCCACCAAAGGUCUAUGGUGGCAGACUGAAGUGCUCCUCCAUGAAGAGCAACGCAGGACUGCUGUGGCAUGAAGGAUUAAACUACUUUUGUCAGGUGGUAUUUUGGGGCACUCUGGCCUUGAUGGUGGUUUGCUACACAUUCAUCAGCAAGAAGGUUUAUGAGUCUUACAAAGCCUCAAAGAGCAGAUCUCAGACAGCCAGUCGCAAAACCAAGGCAAAGGUCUUUGUAGUGGUGGGGGUGUUUUUCAUCUGCUUUGCCCCCUUCCACUUUGCUCGUGUUCCCUACACUCUGACCCAAACCCGCAACAAUGUGAGUCACUGCCAAUCACUCUACAUUGCCAAGGAAACCACCUUGUGGCUGUCGGCCACUAAUGUAUGUCUGGAUCCGCUUAUCUAUGUGUUCCUGUGUAAGGUUUUUAGGAAAAGACUGACAGCUGCGCUCUGCCAUAACCCACUCCAAAAAGGUACCUUGGAAUCUCCCACAGCAACAUCAACUCAGCCGGAGAUGUCACAGAUAAUCCACAGUAACAAACUGUCAAAUAACAACAUGUCAGACAAACACAAUGGAUAGUGCGCAAUGGGACACAAUUAACAAUUGUACUAGUCAAGGCAAGAUGAGACACUGCCUGAAGGAAUGUGUAAUUUUUACUUGACAAUGCUGUGUAACAGAAAAAAGUCAAACAUAUCUGGCAGUGGAUCAUGAUGUUUCAUGCCAGGAAUAACUACUGUUGUUGAUAGAGUACUAACCAAGCACUUCUGCGCCUUGUUUGCUUAGUCAUCCAACACAUUUCCUUAAUUGUGCCUAUUAUCAUUUUCUACUUCCUCUUCUCUAAUCUCGCUCAAACUGUGCUUUCCCUUCACAAAACUUGGCUAAAGGGUAAACAUCUUGACAGCCCAUAUUCUCCAAUGAUUACACAGCAAGCAAAAUAUGACCAGGGACUGGAUGAUAACAAAAUGUACAGUUAACUAAAGACUGCAAUAGACACUGCUUACAG